AUGCUUAUUGGCAUACUUACCAAUACUACACUAGAAAUGGAUACCGCGACCGCAAUAUUCACACCCAAAGAUGGUGAUACUACCCAAAGUCUAACAGGUCAAUUCAAUUUUACUCAAAUUACUUCUACGAAAGUUCAUUUCUCUGAAGGAUUCAUUAAAAACAAUGAAGGAUGGAACAUUAAUAGCAACGGAGGGACUAGCGUUUUACAAAGUGAUUUUGAAGGAAUUAGUGUUAAUGGAACUUAUGGAAUC